UCUUCCGCGCGAAGCCGGCCGGUCCCCGCUCUGUCACCUCACGGUAGUCGUUGCCGGUGGCGGGUGCGGGGGCCCGAGCAGCGCUGGGCGACCUCUACCCCGCCCCUCAGGCCGGGCCCGGGCUCGGUCUCCCCGCUCCCUCCGCUCCCCUCCCCCGUCGGGUACGGGAAGGUCCAAGCAGCUGCCGGGUGCCUGAGGGACUUAGUGGCUGCAGCCGCCACGGGUCCCGAUGGAGCCGCCAAAUCUCUAUCCUGUGAAGCUCUACGUGUACGACCUGUCCAAGGGCCUGGCCCGGCGGCUCAGCCCCAUCAUGCUGGGGAAACAACUGGAAGGCAUCUGGCACACCUCCAUAGUUGUACACAAGGAUGAGUUCUUCUUCGGCAGUGGCGGUAUCUCCAGCUGUCCACCGGGAGGUACGUUGCUUGGGCCCCCAGAUUCUGUGGUUGAUGUGGGGAGUACAGAAGUCACAGAAGAAAUCUUCCUGGAGUACCUGUCCUCCCUGGGGGAGUCUCUGUUCCGAGGUGAAGCCUACAACCUCUUUGAACACAACUGUAACACCUUCAGCAAUGAAGUGGCACAGUUCCUGACUGGGCGGAAGAUCCCUUCUUACAUCACUGACCUUCCCUCUGAAGUUCUCUCCACAAAGUACCUCACUCAGGUGCUCCGUGCAGUGCAUCCCUUUCCAUUUUCUGCACCAAGUGGAGACGGUAACAUCUCCUAGAGAUGCUGUCAGAGUGAAUGAAGGGCCCACCAUGGUGUGAGGUGUGGGGGCAUCUGCAGUGGCUGACGGCUUGAUCUUACUAGAACUGAAAUGGCAGUCAACACUCUUCGUUUAUUGGAAUGGCAGGCAAGUCACUGUCCACAGGUGGAGAUUACAUCCCCAUUUGUAUAGAUAAAGAAACUGAGGCCCAGCAAAGGAAGGUGACCUGUGCAAGUCCCUUUGGUUAUCAGGGACCUCACUGUGGUUCUCCUGACUUGGCCUCCAGUUAUCUCCUCAGGGUACAGAAGCUACCGAGACAGAAAAACAAACAGGCCUAUCAAAAGUAUUGUGCACAUCAGCGUCACUCAUAGAUGUGUGGAGUGUGUGUAGGACCAAAACUGCCAGAGUUGAUCCCAGGCAUCAGGGCAAAGACGGUGGAUGUAGCAAAAACGCCUGCCUACCCAGGCACGCUGGCAAGCUGGAGGGCAACCCACACAAAUACAGGGGGGACUGGAGGUGGGCCUUUGCCUCUGGCUUCUGGAGGAAGAAAUAGAGAAUCUUAGAAAAGACGAAGCUGCGGCUAAUGCACUUCCAAGGGGGGAAAGGACUUUGAAAUUUGCCAUAAUACCAGCAUCCAGAGACAGUCUGCUACUUUUCCAUUAGAAAAAUGGGAUUAUGCUUUUUCCAUGUUAGAUAUCCUACAACACAGAUUUUCAAGGCUUCACAGCAAUUCAUCUUACUGAUGGAUCGAUCAUAAUUAAUUUAACCAAUCUCCAAUUUUUUUCCUUUUCUUAUUUUCUAAAAGUUGAGGACUUCCCUGGUGGCGCAGUGGUUAAGAAUCCACCUGCCAAUGUAGGAGACACGGGUUCGAGCCCUGGUCCGGGAAGAUCCCACAUGCCGUGGAGCAACUAAGCCCGUGCACCACAACUACUGAGCCUGCGUUCUAGAGCCCGUGGGGCACAACUACUGAGCCCGUGAGCCACAAUUACUGAAGCCCGCGCACCUAGAGCCCAUGCUCCACAACAAGAGAAGCCACCACAAUGAGAAGCCUGCGCACUGCAAUGAAGAGUAGCCCCUGCUUGCCACAACUAGAGAAAGCCCGCGCACAGCAAUGAAGACCCAACGCAGACAAAUUAAUUAAUUUUUUAAAAAGUUGAAUUGUUGGCUCAAAGGGUCUGCACAUUUUUAAUGCUGUUGACAUGAAAUAGCCGUUUAAUUAGUAAUAGUAUCAAGUACAUCUAUACAAAUUCUUCUUUGGAGAGGGCCUGCUAUGUGGGCUUUUUUAUAUUAAUUAUUUCUUUUCAUGCAUAAAGCAACCCUACAAAGUAGGUGGUGUUCUUCACAUUUUACAGAUGGGGACACAAAGCCUCAGAGAGGUGAAGUGACUUGUCCAAAGUAACAUGGUUGGUGAAGCUGGGAAGACACCUAGAACUGACUCCAAAGUCAACGUGAUGGUUAAAUAGUUGUGAAUAGAGAGGUGUCCAGGAAGGCUUCUUUUUUUUAUGAAUUUAUUUAUUUAUUUAUUUUGGCUGCGUUGGGUCUUCCUUGCUGUGUGCGGGCUUUCCCUAGUUGGGCGAGCGGGGCUACUCUUCCUUGCAGUGCGCGGGCUUCUCAUUGCGGUGGCUUCUCUUCUUGCAGAGCACGGGCUCUAGGCGCAUGGGCUUCAGUAGUUGUGGCGCAAGGGCUCAGUAUUUGUGGUGCACCGGCUUAGUUGCUCCGCGGCUUGUGGGGUCUU